CAACCUGUCAUUCUUUUCUGACUGCACCUUUAUUUCCUGUGUCAUGUAUACAUGACGUUACCUGUUCUGGUGGCCGCUUAUGCAUAAACGGUCACUAGGUCAGCUGCCGAAUUCUUCACGUGUCAAUCACUAACAGUGUCACCGCAGCACCGUUACUACUCAAGGAUCGCCUCCGUUCCGUCAAUCUGCCUCACUGAGCACCAUUUGCAUUUCUAUUCAUCUUGCUUUUACUGUGUUUCCCUGCUCAGAAGAAAGCACUUUUUCAGGCACAAUGCUCCCUCCUAACGCUACCAACUAUGUUUCAUCACUUCUCUCAGAGGCUCAUGAACUCUCACAGCCAUUACUUGAUGGACUGUCAACCUCUCCUCUCACUAUACCCGUGUCAUUAGUGUCUGCACUAGGCCUCGGCUACUUGUCAAACAGGAUUCUAGUCAGCAGGGCUCUGAAUCAUGGCACCAAAGCAUACUUCGAUUGGAAUAAGGAGAUUGUGUUGGUAACUGGUGGAUCAGGCGGCAUUGGAGGCGAGACUGUGCAGCAGUUGGCCAGCAAGGGCAUUCGUGUGGUUGUUCUUGAUGUACUUGCUUUAACUUACAAGGCUCCAUCGAACGUUUACUAUUAUAAAUGCGACCUUACGAAUUACGAGCAACUACAAGAGGUGGCUGGGAGAAUUAGGCGUGAGGUUGGCGACCCUACAAUAGUUGUAGCGAAUGCUGGUGUCUGUCGUGGAAAGCCUCUAUUGAAAGCUACCAAACAGGAUGUUGACCUUACAAUUGGAGUCAACACUCUAGGUCUCAUUUGGACCAUCAAGACCUUUCUCCCCGCAAUGGUAUCCCGCAACCAUGGCCAUCUUCUCAUCGUCGCCUCACAAACAGGAUACUUGGCCACCGUAGGCAUCACCGACUAUGCAGCCAGCAAAUCAGCAGCCAUUGCCAUUUACGAAGGGUUACAUACCGAGAUCAAGCACGUGCACAAAGCUACCGCGGUCCGACUUUCGUGUGUCUCACCGAGCCAUGUACAAACCCAGAUGUUUACGGGUGUCAAGUCUGUUCCUGGUAUGUCGACUAUGACGACCGAGUAUCUGGCGGAUAAGAUCUGUGGUAUUCUCAUGAGUGGAAGGGGUCAGAACAUUAUUGUUCCGGCUGCAGCUACAAUGUCACCUUGGGUUCGUGUGUUGCCGGGUUGGGUCCGUGUUCUCCUGCAAGAUGCGGCAGCUCCGGCGUUUACCGACUUGAAGCCUCAUGAUCCUUUUAAGGAUGCCAAGUAGACAGGCAUUACGUUCUAUAAAUAGC